ACAUAGCUGAGCCAAUAAGAUAGUUGAAGUGAAACUUCUAACUCAUACAAAACAGUAUUAAUUCCAACAUUCGAAUUUCAUAGGAGCGCGCCAGCCCACUUCCGAGGCAACUGCCAACAAAUAACGUUUUGUUUCCAAAACGUCACCCGUUCUCACCUACUGUCAUAAACAAAUCAAACAUGGCGGGCCUAAUGACAAUGAGACAUUAGCGAGCUACAAAAUGCCUCCGCGUUUGCGAAUAAUUAAAUCGUAAAGCCCCUCUCCGCCUACGGCACCAGUCUAUUUACUCCUUUUUCAUUCAACACAAUAGCUGCUGCAAUCCGACACUCUCAACUCUAUUACGUCAGUUUAUUAUUUAUAAACCCAAGCGAAUUUAAACUCUAUUAGUUUCUGAUAGAACUCAAAAGAUAUUGCACACUUUUUAUUUUAUAAGGCGUAUUCCACAGAGAGUAUUAAUUUGAGCGCGACGGGCCCCGCCUACUCAAUAUCGCGUUUACACACAUGUUGGCUCGUAUCGUCGUCCCGCUCUAGCCGCGCCGCUUAUUAAAAUUCCUCGGUGUAUAAUACCGUCUCUCUCGCUCGGUACAGAGAAGUCGGCACUCGCCCCAAUGCUGGCGCGAUUUUCACCGCGCUUCCACGCGAUUUGCGCGAGUUCGUACAAAUUGGAAACUAAAUAUCCGAUUGCUCAAUCCGAUAGUUGACGCGAUUUGUGCGAUUGUGACUGUGCCUCAAAGUGAAGUUUGACUCUGAGUGUAUAUCAAUUAACAGUCGAUAGUGCAUUUUUUUCCAAUGCUCUAAAUUUGACAGCUGGAAAUUUUGCAACAACUGAAAACCGCCGACGGUCGGACGUUUUUCCGGAAACCAAAUAAGAAUCCUAUUAAACUCAAUUAGAAUCCAAAUUGAACUGUCGUUUUAACGGUAAAAUUUGCAAAAUUUUAAGUAAAGAUGGCGUAUUGACAUCUGAAAUGCUGAGUAGAUGAAAUGAAGACCUCGCUCGAAUGCGAGCGGUCAGAGGCCGCGGACAGCGGCGGGAAGGGUCGGAUAUCCUUCAGCGUGGACUCGCUGCUGGGCAGCAAGGAGCCCUCCAAGGACCAGGAGCACAGCAACGAUGAGAGCAACACGCUCGAGACGGACGACAGUGACGUGGACAUCGAGGACGUCGACUCCAACGCGGGAGAUGAGAGAGAGGAAGACGAUAGAGAAGGACGGGAGAGUGGAAACGGAGAGGAGACGGAGAGGAGUGGAGUGGUGGUGCCGCAGCCGAUGCUGCCCCGGCUGUACCAGGGCCCGCCGCCGACGUGGCCGUUCGGAGCGUUCCCCUGGAUGGCUCCUAACCCUAUGUUCCGAACUGGAUCACCCAAUGCAGGGCCUCCCAGUGGCCCUCCCGUUGUGCGCUGCCAACUUCGGAAACACAAGCCCAACCGCAAGCCAAGAACACCCUUCACCACGCAGCAACUCCUCGCGUUGGAGAAAAAAUUCAGAGAUAAGCAGUACCUAAGCAUCGCUGAGCGUGCUGAGUUCUCGUCGUCACUGAGGCUUACUGAGACUCAGGUCAAAAUCUGGUUCCAAAAUCGGCGCGCGAAAGCGAAAAGGCUGCAAGAAGCCGAAAUCGAAAAACUACGUCUCUCCGCACGGCCGCUGCUGCCUCCAUCAUUCGCCCUGUUUGGGGGAGGCGGCGCGCCCCCGCUCUUCGCCGCCAUGGCUGCCGCCACGCGCCCCCAACUCAGCUUCCUUGGAGGACCUCCCACACACCAACACGCCAUCAACAUGAACAUUUUGAACUCUUUACAGCCCCAUUGACGUUUGGAGCACGCGGGUACGCGUGAAACGUCAAACGAGCAGCCGCCAUCUUAAAAUCAGUGUUCAAAUUUCGUUGUCUGUGAUUCAAAACUUUCUCUAACAGCGGCGGUAACAAGUAUACUGAACGAACUUUAAAUCAGUAAGUGCAAUUGUAUAAGUUAAAUUCAGGAGUUAAUUUAUUUUAAAAAUAGUUGAUAAUUGUGUAUAUAUAGACUUAAACAAACGUUAGGGCAAUAGACAUUUAUGAGACAGUUUAUGAGCGAAACGUCGCAUUCAUGAAUGUUUGUUAGUAUUAAAACCUAAAAGAAAUAGUUACUUUUUAAACGA